AUGAGGAUCGUUUUGCUGCUGCUCUCCCUUUGCACGAUUGGAUUGGCAAGUAAAAAUAGCAAAUAUUUGGUGAAGAUCAAUGAGACGAAUUGGGACCAAAUUAUGCGAGGAGAAUGGAUGGUCGAAUUCCAUGCUCCGUGGUGCCCGGCUUGUAAAGACUUGCAAAAGUCUUGGAACGCUUUUGCCGAUUGGAGUCAAGAGCUUGAUGUUCAGGUCGGAGAAGUCGAUGUGACGGUGAACCCAGGACUUUCUGGACGCUUCUUGGUGACAGCAUUGCCCACAAUCUAUCACGUGAAAGAUGGCGUUUUCCGGCAAUAUUCUGGACCCCGUGACAAGAACGAUUUCAUCUCAUAUGUGGAAGAUAAGAGAUGGAGAAAUGUCGAGCCAGUCCCCAGUUACAAACACCCCAACUCUGCCCAAAUGGGAGUUGUGGCUGUUUUCUUCAAGCUUUCGAUGGCCGUUCGCGAUUUGCACAAUCAUUUGGUUGAGAAUAAGGGAGUUCCAUCGUGGGCAUCGUACUCAAUGUUCGCACUUGUCACUCUCGCUCUUGGAUGCAUUCUUGGAUUUUUGAUCGUGAUGGCUAUUGACUACUUCUUCCCCACUGGAGCCCGAGCCGCAAAGAAACAGCAACAGAAUCAAAAACAACAACACGCUGCCCCAAAAAAGAAAGAAAAUGAGGGAGAGAAGAAAAAGGAAGACGAGAAGAAGGAGAAUGUCCAAGCUAAAGGAAAGAAAGACAACAAGAAGACACAG